AUGGCCGACCGGCAUCUCACGGGAGCAAUUGCGUAUGUGCCAGUAGUGCGUAAAAGGUCAGUUAAGGUGGUAUGGUGUUUAAAGGUGGUCCUUGCAAAUGGCUUUCUUCUGGUGAAAAAUCCUGGUUUCGGGGGAACUGGUGCAGUGUGGGAUUGUCUGAAUACUACUGCAAGGUAAGAGGGGUUCUACCUCAAUAAAAUUCUCAUUGAUCUAUAUUAAAAAAACUUUUUAUAUUAAAUUUAGCCAUAUGUAUAUGUGUAUUUAGGUUCAGUAUUUACAUAUGUAUAGGAGCAUGAGGGUUUUAAAAAUAAAUAAAUAUAUAUAUAUAUAUAUAUAUAUAUAUAUAUAUAUAUAUUAGUGUGUGUAUAUAUAUAUACUCCUACUACAUUAUAUACAUAUAUUGCAGCCCAAGACAGCCUGUUAAGAAGGUUCCACAAGAAAAAGGAAAGAAUAAACAGUGUCAUGCUUGUCCUGCUGUGGCUAUUGAAGGGAAAAACGUCUGCCGGGACUUCCUCCGUGUUAUUGCUAACGAAGGAGCAUCUACUUCAUCCCAGAACACUACUGUAGAACUAACAGACAUUAUCGCUAAGGCAGGUAUUAAAGAGGUGACUCAAAAAAGUAUUUCCUCAUAUACAAAUAAAUGA